AUGGUUGGCUUUGUGGCCAUGAUCUUUUUUGGACACUUGGUGGUUGCAGCUUGCAACUGGUCCGUACCAAGGGUACUGCGUUUUGGAAUCUUGACACUGCAGCUCACUUUGCUGCUUCCAAAUGUCGUCUCUGUCGCUGCUGGCGCCGUGUUAUCUGCCAGCUGGAGCCUCUUGCCAGCCCGUAUGCAUUCACCGCCCCGGACACUGAGCCCCGAUCCCAGUGUGCUCAGCUUGCCGCUCCUGGAAGAGGAACCCGUCUCGCCCAGUCCUGCAAAGGAAGGUCAUUGUGCCAUGUCUGUGAGCUACGACUGCUGCCCCUUUUGUGGGGAUGAGGAGUUGCAAUCAAGGAAAGCAAUUUGGCUUUUGGGAAUUUGGAGGGCUCUACUGUUGGGCUUGCUGCAUGCAUUCCAGUCUGUCACAAAUGACUUCCUGGUCGGCUUGGGCAAGACCCAUAUGGAAGCGGGAUCUGUGGUAGCCAUGAACCAACUGCUUGCUAUGGGACUCAUGCCGCUGGUUGCUUUUGGCGGCUACUUUGUGGGUCUCCGUUGCACUUUGGUGGUCAUCUCCUUGCUGCCCUUUUUGGGUGCAUUGUUGUUGGCUUUUUUGCCAACAGUGCCCUUAGUUUUGGAAGCUGGACUGAUAGCAAUUGCUAUAGCUUCCACUGUGAUGCCUGUACUGCCACUGGUCCUCGUGCCUGCCAACAGCCGCCUCUUGGACAAGAAUUCUGUGGCCAGGACAGGUGCUGGCCACAGGUGCUUUAGGUGCCACCCUUGA